AGGUCCAAUGUAGGCGCCACUAGCAUUAACGCCUCCUCAUGAGGAGCCCAAUUCAUGCGCCAAUGCUAUUGGUGUCUCCUCUUAAUGCAUUGGGGAUGCGCCAAUUCAUCUGGCGCAUCUUCUACCAAACCUGAUUAUUUUGAUAAUUUUUUGGAAUAAUCGGUUAUUUUGGAAUUAAAAAAAAAAUGGUUCUUUUGAAAAAAAAAACGAUUUUAUUGUUAGCUUUUGAAUGUCCUCACUGUGGUGAGAGGUAGACCGCUUCAGCACCACCGUGAAUCCUCGCCGUCGACCGCUUUGUGUUACAGCCAUUUCGAGCAUAUCAAUUUCUAGGGUUGCUUCAUUCUCUAUUACGGUGUGUUAUAACUCCGAUUUGAGUGUAGUUACUAGCUUGGUUUCCAAGUUUCAUAGAGGGCACAAGUAUUCUCAUCAAUAGAGUAUUCAAUUUCGUGCAAAAGCAAAUAAAAAAUGGAGGCGAACAACAGAGAUCAAAUUGUGGAUGUUGGAUCCGUGGUUGAAGCUGUUUCUGCUGAAGCCGGUGAUGCACCUCUUUAUGCCAUCGAAAGCCUCUGCAUGCGCUGUCAUCAAAACGGAACUACAAGAUUUUUGUUUACUUCAAUUCCUAAUUUCAGGAAGAUUUUAUUGUCGGCUUUUGAAUGUCCUCACUGUGGUGAGAGGAACAAUGAAGUGCAGUUUGCUGGGGAGAUUCAACCACGUGGUUGUUGUUACUCGUUAGAGAUUCCAGCGGGUGAACAAAAGAUGUUCAAUCGACAAGUGGUAAAGUCAGAAUCUGCUACCAUUAAGAUACCCGAACUUGAAUUUGAGAUUCCACCAGAGGCACAGCGUGGUAGUCUGUCAAUGGUUGAAGGGAUAUUAAUGCGAGCUGCUGAUGAACUUCAGGCCCUUCAAGAGGAACGCAGAAAAGUUGCUCCAGAGACAGCUGAUGCAAUAGAUCAGUUCCUGGUGAAGUUGCGAGCCUGUGCCACAGCAGAAUCUUCUUUCACGUUUAUUAUUGAUGAUCCUGCUGGAAACAGUUACAUCGAAAAUCCGUUUGCACCAUCAUCUGAUCCAUCACUCACUAUCAAGUUUUAUGACCGAACACCUGAGCAACAAGCAUUGUUGGGAUAUUCUACACAGAAUGAAGGAACUCGUGAUGAAGUGCUGGAAAGUGGAGAAGCAGCGGCUUCUGGGAGAACGAGGAGGCAACCCCAUGGGUCAGUUGGGGCAGCAGCUGGUCAACGAGCUAUUGCACAAAGUAAUAGUGCAGAAAUCGCAGAUGCCUUAUUUCGAUAUAGUGCACCAGAAGAGGUGAUGACUUUCCCGUCAACUUGUGGAACUUGUACCGCUAAGUGUGAAACUCGAAUGUUUGUCACUAAUAUUCCAUAUUUUCAAGAAGUAAUUGUUAUGGCAUCUACAUGUGAUGCUUGCGGUUACCGCAACUCUGAGUUAAAACCAGGUGGACGAAUUCCUGAAAAAGGAAAAAAAAUUACUCUUUAUGUGAAAAAUAUUAAGGACCUGAGCCGGGAUGUGAUUAAGUCUGAUACUGCAAGUGUACAAGUCCCUGAACUUGACUUGGAGCUGGCAAGCGGCACCAUGGGAGGACUUGUUACAACUGUUGAAGGUUUAAUUACACAAAUCAGUGAGAGCCUUAAAAAUGUCCAUGGGUUUAGUCUUGGAGAUAGUCUUGAUGAACAUAAAAGAAGCAAGUGGCUAGACUUUCAAGCAAGGCUAAACAAGCUUCUUAGCUUGGAAGAAGCUUGGACUCUAAUUCUUGAUGAUGCAUUGGCUAAUUCUUUUGUAGCACCCGCAACAGAUGAUCUAAAAGAUGACCAUCAACUAACAUUUGAAGAGUAUGAGAGGUCAUGGGAACAAAAUGAAGAACUAGGUCUGAAUGAUAUUGACACCUCUUCUGCGGAUGCUGCAUACGAAUCAACAAACACUACUAAGAUUGAGUGAACAUCUUCUGAACUCAAGGAGGGAAAAACAUAUCUGAAGGAAGAAUUGUUGUGCCUUUAGUAGCUAGGGAACAUAGUGAGAAAGGAAAUGCUUGCUGUCUUGUUUAAUGACUUGUUUUAGAUAAUUGCUACGAUAACGUUACCAUUGAUUUUUGUUUUUCUUUCUUUUCUAUGGUAGCAUAUUGUAUGAUAAUAUAUUGAUAACUAUUGCAUCCUUUAAAUAAUAUUUUGAGGAAAUUUUGUCA